AUGGAAGGAUAUUUUGGAAUCGACCGCCUUGAGGUUUUUGAAAUCAACUGGAAUGCCUACAACGAUAAAUCAUCGGACUUCUAUAAGGACGGUGCAUACAAUGUUGCAAAGUGCAUGAGAGCUGUGGCUGAACCCUUGCUUCUCAGUCACUUUAGUGCAGCGAUAAUUGAUGAGGUGUUCAGCAGGAAAGAGGCAUAUAAGGAAGCUAAUGGGACGCUUGAUAAGGAGGCGAAUGAAGAGCCUAAUAAGGAGACUGAAGCGUCUGAUAGAAAGACUGAAAGGCGUCUGAGUAAGCCACUUUGGAACACCAAAUGCUAA